AUGGCUUCAACAAUUAAUCCCCAAAACGAACAAGAAACCUCGUAUCAAAGAGCUUAUAACGGACCCUAUGGCACCUUUGCCAAAAUUUUUCUUCGUCCUGAUAUUAACUUCGAUUAUCUAGAAGAGGUAGCCUCGGACUUACUCUCUUCCGAAAGAGAGCAUGGUGAAAGAUAUACAAUUGAUGCGGGAUUUCGUAUUUUUCUAUUGUUUUUUAAUGUGAGCAUUGCAAAGCUUGCAACACGAGAAUCUUCUUCUAUUGAGAAGGUUACUUGGGUCCGUACGUUGCUUCGAGUUUUUAAAAGUCAGGAUUUUCUUGGUCUUGUGAGUGUUGGAGGUCUUUUGAGAGGCUAUCAAUUACAUAAAGCAAAUCAAAAAAGAAGAAUCGUUGGAGAACUUAUCAGUGAGGUGGAAGAUGUAUUUAUGGAAUUGCUUGAUAAGAUUCUUGAUGAACAUUUUGAAUCUGCUGAUGAUGAUAUAAAAGACACGAUUGCAUUUCUUUGCGGUCGAUGCCUCGCAUCCAUUCCUACUAGGAGAUUACAGCAUUUGCGAAAAAAGACAAAACUUUUAGAGCUUAUCAUAAAAGUAAUUAUAAAUAACCCGCGCACUUUUCAAGGGGGACAAUUUAUUAGAGACAUUACUGAGGAAAUUGGGGCACAUAAAGAAAUAAAAUGGACGAAAGAGUUUCAGUCGUAUAAAAAUUUACAAACCCUAAGUAAACAAGCUCCUUUCACUGAAAUGGGGCCAAUAUCAAGAGCGGUAGGCAAACUGAUCAAGAUUGACGAGAAGGAAGAUUUAAUUAACAUUCUUUACCAUAUCAGUGAUUUUGCCCAUAAUUUGUAUCUUUUAUGGGAGAAAUGUCCACUCAGUCGAAUUGUUAAUGAAGAACUUAUGGACGGUGAAACAAAACAAGCUACGCCAUUGCUUUGGCAUAUUUUUAAAACAAUUCUUUUCACAAUUACGAUGAUAUUCAAAGCUAUUGUGGACAAUUCGCUCGUAAAGAAUGGAUAUUGUGAUAAAGGGGAAGAAAAAAUAGAUAUGUUGUUGACUUUUUCACAUCUUUAUUUCAUCACAAUUCGUUUCGAUUUAUAUGGAUUUCCUGUAUACAAAGAAAUCUUCUUCAAUAUCUUGAAUCAAUUAAUGGAAACUUCUCUCUGCAAUGAAGUUCUCGAUAUCCUCAAACCUAUUGAGGUGAUGAAAGUACUUGAAGAUGAGAUAGUCGAACAAAAGCUAUUACCUACAUUAUGCCCAUACCUUACAGAUAAUUCGAAGAUAUAUUUGUUUGAAUCGGCGCAUUCAACAGUGUUGGCGAUUUAUGUCACUCAAAAAAGGAUUUCUAGAGAUUUCAGUUCUUACUAUUCGAAUUUACUGCUUGAGGGAUAUCCUGCGUACCUUUCAAUUGAACAACUUCGGGCUGCCUAUGCCACUAUGAUUAAAUCUUUAUCGGAAACUGAUGAUGCUUUAGUUUGGUACUGUCUAGAAAGUCUAUUGAAUAAAAUAGAAAGUCUUCCAACUUCAAAUUUAGAACUUUCAGAACAGAAAUCUACUAAUAUCACUUAUACCACUAAGACCAAUGAAAACGAAACGAAAGAAAGUUCGGAAUCUGGCUCAUCAGAUUCCAUCACUACUACUACUGCUGGGACAAAUAAUAACGAAACGAAAGAAAGUUCGGAAUCUGAUUCAUCAAAUAUAUAUCCAAAUGCUAGUGAAAAAGAUGCUAUUUCAGCAGCGUUAUACCUUCAACGCGGCCAUCUUCUGCUUACUUUAAUCGAUCAAGUGGGAACAGUCAACCUAAUUUUUCUGGAGACUUUAUUAUUCAAAAUUAAAUAUUUGAUAUCAUUGGAAUCAAAUGGAAUAGCGAAAAGUGCACUCCAGAAAGCAUUAUUUGACGUGUUGAGCAAAAAUUUGGAUUAUACAAAAAAAGAUGCGGGUGUAAAAUGGUGGUUAAAUGAAGGACGAGAAAUUACAGGGGACAUUCAAUCUUAG